GCCCUCAAACUGCAUCGAACAACUUCUCACCAGACCGGGUACUUUCUUUUACUUUCAAUCUUUUAUAGUGACUGGAAGUCUAGCAUUUGGCCGGUGAUUUAGCUGUGAUAUAGCGGACACGUGAUUUAAUGAUCAUGAAGAUGGAGCUGCGUCCCUUGUUCAUGUGUUUUGCCGUGUGCCUGGUGUACGCCUCCAGUAAACCCAUGGAGAAGAAAGACCGUGUCCACCAUGAUGAACCACUGAGUAACCGUGAGCACAAUGACGCAGAAGACUUCGACUAUGACCACGAAGCUUUUCUGGGACAAGAGGAGGCCAAAACCUUUGACCAGCUUACACCUGAGGAGAGCAAGGAGCGCCUUGGUAUGUUGGUGGAGCGCAUCGAUGAAGACCAGGAUGGCUUUGUGACUGUGGAGGAGAUGAAGAAGUGGAUCAAACACGCUCAGAAGAGGUGGAUCUAUGACGACGUUGACCGACAGUGGAAAAGCCACGACUUGAAUGGAGACGGGGUGGUGUCCUGGGACGAGUAUAGGAACGCCACUUACGGCUAUAUCCUCGAUGACAGCGACCCAGAAGAUGGUCUAAGCUACAGACAGAUGAUGGAUCGUGACGAGAGGAGAUUUAAAAUGGCCGACCAGGAUUCGGACAUGAAGGCCAACAAAGAAGAGUUCACUGCUUUUCUUCACCCAGAGGAGUAUGAUCACAUGAAAGACAUCGUGGUGCUGGAAACCAUGGAGGAUAUCGACAAGAAUGGAGAUGGCCUCAUCGACCUGGAUGAGUACAUCGGUGACAUGUACAACCAGGAUGGGGACGCCUCUGAACCUGAGUGGGUGAAGACGGAGCGUGAACAGUUCACUGAGUUCAGGGACAAAAACAAAGACGGCAAAAUGGACAAAGAAGAGACUCGAGACUGGAUCUUGCCCAGUGACUACGACCACGCUGAAGCCGAGGCCAAGCACUUGGUCUACGAGUCAGAUUCUGAUAAGGACGGCCGUUUGACCAAGUCUGAGAUCGUGGACAAGUAUGACCUGUUCGUGGGCAGCCAGGCCACAGACUUCGGGGAGGCACUCACGCGACAUGAUGAGUUUUAACCCUUCCCCUCCUGCUCAAAGACUCAGAUCACCGUGUGUUGCUCGCCUCUGCCACUAGGAGUGCUGUCACUGAGAUGAGCCCAAACGCCACGGACAAUAAUUUAUUUGAAUGUUUUUUUGUUUUGUUUUGUUUUUGUUUUUUAAUGCAAAUUAUUUCAUACACAAGCUUGGCUGGUUUUGAAUUCCACCUUUUCAGAUCAUAAGGAUGGACAGUGUUAAAGACAGAAAAAGAAAAAAAAUCAGGACACAUCUUUUUGAAAUGCACUGGACCAUAAACCGUAACAUUUUGCUGUAAAUUUUGUAUCAUGCCCAAGUGGAUGUGUUUUUGUUUUUUAAAUGUGCAAUAUGUAACUUUUCUCAUCUAGUGUCACCUACCUCCAUCUCCAUGGAGAUGUUAAAGUUUGGAUGAUCCACUGUAUAGCAUUAGAAAUAUUGGUGACACUUUAUAAUAUAAAUAUAUAACUACACCUUAAUAAAGCCUAAUGAAAGACUUAAGUCAUAAUCAACAAGUAGUUUACAUAAUUAGUACUGAAUCAUUUUUAAUAGUUACUAAAUUGUUCUUACUAGACAGUUUGUUUGACUUAUGCAUUUUGAUUAUUACCUUAAUGUUUUUCAGAGUAUUUUAAUACUAAUACAAAUGCCAGUAAUUCAAUCAAUCCAAUGUAGAUAACUUAAAUUCCAUACCAGGAAAAUCAAUUACAUCUUCAUGGAGACAAGCAGGUGGCAGACUGAGACCCUCCGCAAGAAAAGUUCCAUAUUUCACCGUUAAUGACUGAAUGUUGUUUUGCUGACGAUAAGCGACUGCUACGAGUUUGACCGUGAAGAUUAUUUGGACCAGUGCAAUAAUGAAAGCAGGAUUAGUUUUUGUUAAUUGAAUGAUGUCUCUCAGUGAAGGUUGGACUUGAAGGCCUUGGUUGAACUAAAUAAUUUUGUCCAGAGAAGCUGCAUUAUAUUGUUGAAGCAUCACCGUGCUGGUAUGCAUGUUGUGUACAUAUAUUACUCGUGUAUUUCUGUUUGGUGUGUUCACUUUUGUAUUUUGUGCCAAGCUAAAAAGAACUUUGAUUUCAUCCAAAAAGUUAACCCUUUGUUUUGAUUGGAUUCUUUCUAAAUGUUUGGCUUGUAUUCUCACCUUAUAACCACUGUUGAUACUUUUAUCUAUGAUUAUAAAUUGUAUAUGAAAUUGUUUUUUACAAGCUGGCCUCACCAAUAGCGUUCGCAAGUGACUUUACUGUAAUGAUGUUGGUGCAGCCCAAAUGAGGUCCAUUUUGUGAUUGGGAGAAAUGUCUCAAUAAAAUAAAACAAAAUGA